UUGCUCACACCUACAAAGUGUCAAUUUUAACAUGCUCUAAUAAAAUAUCUAUAUGGUAUUUUGAGCUAAAACUUCACAUACGUACUCUGUGGACACCAAAGUUUUGACUUUUUAAAAUAUUCUUGUGAAAUGUCCCCUUUAAAGCUGAUGGAUUGAUGGAUUCCUCUCUACACAGAUCCUUUUGCUCCGUCCCUCACUUUGACCUGUCUUAACUCUUCCCACUAUCAGUCCUUUACCACUGAUGUUUCAUUGCAGUUAUCAGCGAGCAGUGCCUGCCCAGCCAUGCUCGACGUGACUUUGUUUAUCUUGCAAGUCAGACUGAGCGUGCUGUGCUAUGUGACGUCAGUGCAAGGAAUAGCUCUGAGUGGAAACACCGGUUGGCCUUCUCUCCUCAUAUUAUUAUUGUGGAUUUUGCAUAUUAUUAUUUUCUUCAUAUGACUGAUCCAAGGAAAAUCAUGACAGUUUUGGGGAAAAAAUGUCAGGCCUUGAUCAGGCUUCUGUUUGAGCCUACAGCAAAUUGUCAGGGAAUGAAAACAUGAUGUCUGCUGCUUUAUAAGGUUAAAACCAAUAACAGAGAAAGAUGAUUCCACAUGAAGCUCAUGAACACCUUUAUGAGAAGAGACAUGACAACGGCCAGGACUACAGUAAAAAAAGAGUUGAGGACAUUGAAAACCUUGUUAACUGACUUCUAAAACAUCCUGAGUAAGACUUGUAGGUUAAAAUACGGGAACCGCUCCAAGACCAUGAAGUCGAACCAGGAACGCAGUAAUGAGUGCCUUCCGCCAAAGAAGCGGGAGAUCUUAGCUCUAGAAGAGAAGCAGGUGCUGGUGUCAGCUGCUGUUAGUGAAAGCCAGAGCGGAGAGAAUUUGGCUUGGCUAGCUAGCGUUGCUACCAUGGCUAGCAUGGCCCACAUCCCCAACAAUGCAGGCAGAAACAGUGCCGAGCUUGAUAGUCCUCCACCGUCAAAUAAGGCUCUCACUGUGGUUACAGAAUAUCCCCCACAAACGACUACAUCUGCUGGGUUUUCAUUCUCUUCCAAUAGUUCCACGUACAGAGGAGUCUUCUCUGGGCCUACGGUGCUAACAGCUAACCCUACUGUUCUCUCCACUAGCCUUCCUCAAACCAUAGGCUCCGUUCAGUAUACACACCUUUCCCCGAACCUCCAGCUUAUAGGCCCCUAUACAAGUUACAUUUCUUCUCAGAUUGUGCCAUCAACAACCAGUCCAACACAGCCACGGAGGACACCACAAGAGGUCUUGGCCACUACAGCCGUCAUCUCCCAAGCUUCCAGCAUUGAUUCCCAGAGUCAACAUGUGAUUUCCGCAGUACCAAAUGUUUCUCACAGUCAAUGCAUCCAGGUAGAGAGUGCCCCCUUGGGUUUGACAGUUUCUUCCCCUACUGCUCAGUUGCCCCUUCAAAUUCAUCCACACUCAGCUGUUCAACUCGCCCCUCAUGGCUUGGCUCUCACCCCCUCCCAAGUGGUGCUGCAUUACACUGAUGGCUUCAUUGCAAAACAUCCAGACUCCAGAGAUGUACCAAAUGGUGCACUAGGAGAAGUUACAGUGGUAAAAAAUAGUACUUCUGUGGUAAGGGGAAUGUCCAGCCAAGCAGAAGGUGACCAGAGCCACAAACAAAAUCACAACCUGGGCCUCCAGACACAAGCUCAGGUUCUGCUCCCAGCAGACUACAGCUCUCAUGACAGAACAGGCCUGCAAACAUCGCUGAUGUUGGUAUCCAGUGGCCACCUUGCAAAUAGUAACACAGAGCUCCAAAGUAUCUUGGGUAAAGACCAUUCGUCUUUGCAUCUUAAUGAGAGAGGAGGCAUCUGCCUAGGUAAGCCAAUGUCCAGAGUGUGCACCCUUGUGUCCUCAGAUAACCAGGUGCCUCCAUCCUCCACAAUCUCCCCACAUACACUACUGCAGGCUCCUCACAACACUCCUCAACAGGAGCUCCCCACUAACCUUUACUCUGCCACACAGCUGCCAAUAAUUGGCUACAUCACUGGUGCUGCUAGUGGACCCCAGCAAGCUGGUUACCAGAGCAACCUUCCACAGCACGUGGUGAUCUCAGGCAGCCCCUCCCUGCUCAUUCCAGUGAGUGCCACCAACAUCAAUCCAUCCACUGCUGAGCCAGAGGUCACCCGCUGUUCUUUCACCCCCAGGAUAACCAAUGCAUCAACAGUUCUGCAUCAGUCCUUCAUUAAUGCAGGCCCACCUGCACCCGCAGCUUCAGUCCUACCCAAUGGUAAAGACAUCACAGGGUCCGAUGCAGGUCAUGCCCCUUGUGUCAUUCAAAGUCCGACCCAAAUACAGCUGCCUGUUCUUACAACAAGUGUAGUGGAAUCUCCAGCUCCUGUAACACCUCCAGCCUCCACAAGCCCUCACAGCUCACCAACAUCACCAUCAGCAGGCCUACCACCGUUUUUCAUGAAGGGCUCUAUUAUCCAAUUGGCAGAUGGUGAGCUGAAGCGUGUGGAGGAUCUGCGGACAGAGGACUUUGUACAGAGUGCCGAGGUGAGCGGAGAACUGAAAAUAGACUCCAGCACUGUGGAGCGUAUAGAGUGCAGCCGAACUCCUAAUGCUGUCAUCAUACAGUUCUCAGUGGGAGAGAAUAAGGCACAGGUAUGUGUAGAAGUUUUGGUGGAAUAUCCAUUCUUCGUGUUUGGUCAAGGUUGGUCGUCCUGCUGCCCUGACCGCACCACCCAGUUGCUAGCACUAUCCUGUGCCAAACUCUCUGUGGGUGAUGUUUGUAUCUCCCUCACCCUUAAAAGCUUAAAAAACAGCAUUCAAAAGAAAGAUUACUUUUCGGACUCUGUGGUGAAACACAACAGUCCUCAUCUGAAAGCAGCCAAAAGCAAUGGGCCCACUGAUGACAGAACAAACCAGAUGGAGAAUCAUAAAAGGGGAGUUAAAAUUACUUCGAGGGAGGAGGACAGUUUUGUAGACACACUGGCUGAGACCUCCAAUACCAGAAAUGUUUUGACCCUCUCAAACAAUGGUGGCAUAAGCCCUAUGGUGAACCACCAGGACCAGUCAGAAAAAACAUACACAACUGGUGCUGAAAGAGCAGUUAGCCGCAAAAGGAGAUGGUCUGCUCCAGAGAAAGGGGAAAUGAUAAGGUCAAAGGAGGACACUCCGGUUUUACCCAAGUUUUCCUAUCUCCCACACCAGCUGAAGGUCAGCAUUGAGGGCCGUUCCAGCACAGGUUCCUGAGGGGCCCCAUAGAGCAGUGGUGGGCAGUCCUCAUGCAAAUGGGUUACUUUUCCAACCAAGAAUUACGUUUAUUAGCCUUACUCUACCAGUUCAAACUCCAAGAGAUGACAAACUUGAUUAACUGAAUAAAAGAUGUUUUUGCUUGGUGUCCAAGAAGAUGCUUUGCUUCAACUACACAGAGACUCUAUACAAAACAUUCCCCAUCACUGCCAUGGACCCACACUCAGAGUGGGACUAGGAACCCGGAUUUACAUUGUACUACUUUGUUGCUUUCCUGUGACAUUCGUAUCCAGGUUACUGUAAUGUCAGUUCAUUUUACACAAAGUUGUGUGUGAUUUUGGGUUCUGUGUCAUAUUCAUUCUUAAACCUUUUAUUAGGGUUGUAUUUUGGAAGGUUUUUGACAUGUUCAGUUUUCUUCAGCCUGCUGUUUAGUGUUAAAUUUAGUCUUCUGUUACGUGUACAGAAUUCAUUCAUAAUCAGGGCCUUUACAGGAUAAGGACUGUUACAAGCAUUGAUGGCAAAAGGUUAACAGUCAGAUAAGUGAUUUUUGUAUGAUUACGAGUGCAUUUUGGUGAGCUAUGAGUAUGAAGCCACGUUCCAAUCAUUAAUGCACCCAAUAAGCCCUUGCUUACACAAUGUUGUCUUCAAGCGACAAACCCUGUUUGAGUGAGAAUUUUAAAUCAGAACUAGGUCAAGUAUACCAUCAAGAUUCCACAAUGAAUGUCAAUUGAUUUCAGUUUGUUUUAAUUCAAUUGUUGAUAGUCUUCUACAUAUGCAAUACUGAGCUUUCACAUACCUCAUAUGUGCAUUUAACAGAUAACCCAAUCAAGAUGGCCUGAUCAAAUCUGUGAUUUCUGUGGUUUUGAGUGAGAAAGCGAGAAUAUAGAGAAAUCUCCAACAUAGUCAUACUAUGACCAUGUGUAGAGAAGUUUCCACUCAAGUCAGAAUAUUAGCACUUUAAAGAAAGGUUAAGGGAAGUUGAAUGAAUGGAUGGAAACAUUCCCACCUCUGUUUUGUUACUACAGCAACAGACAGUUAUGAGUGCUGUUAGUCACUUUGUGCAUUACUACCAAUUUUAGGUGCGAAGCACUGCUCAUUUAGUAUUUUUCAAUAACAAUGUCCUUUCACCAUUUUAAGUAUUUUGGGCCUUAUUUGGUCCAGCUGCAAUAAUUAAUUCUCUCUUUAAGACACAAUGGGGUGGGUUCUCGGGCAGGUCUUAGCUUAAGCCAGGACUAGGCCUUAGUUUAAUUAGGAAAUGUAACUAGUUUUAACAAACAUGCUUUACUAAAAACAUUACUUGUGUGCAUUUAGAGGCAAAACAAAGGGCACUGAUAUAUUUUAAGAUACGUCGGUGCAGGGUUUUUUUUUCAGUUUGCACAGCUCUAACAUUUAUUUUAUUUUAGUCUAGGACAAGUCUGAUCUCUGUCCGGGAAACUGCCCUAAUAUGAUCACCAUAUAUCAACGAAAUAUUUUUGGUAGCAUCCCUUUGUAACGAAACCUUCCUGUAUAAGAAAUUGAAUCAAUCUAUUGGAGUUCACUUAAAUUAUAAAGAUCAAAUAACAGAUUUAAAUUUAACAAUGAGUAUAUUUAAUUUGUUAGAGUCAAAGGAAGUUCAAGGACAGCGAUGUAUAGUUUUCACAGUUGUGUUGAAACACUGUAUCCCGUAUCAUGGUAUGUAACCCUCACUGAAAAAAAUGAUUCAUUCAAUUCAAUUUUUUAAGGUAAGUGGUUGCAAUCAAUUUAUUUAAACUACAAUUAAACAAAAGUUUUUUGUUUUGUUUUGUAUUACUAAUUUUUUUGUUUUAAUAUAGCUUAAAUAAAUUGAUUGCAACUUCUUACCUUAAAGGAACAGUAUGUAAGAAGUCUAUAUCAAUAAAUCAUAAAAUACCUCUGAUAUGUCACUAGACAUUAAGAAAUCAUUUUCAUUUCAAAUAGUUAUAUCACUGACAACAGUGGUCCGGCCAAGAUAUUGUCAUUUAAAAAGUGGAGUUGCAGCCCUCAACGGAUGUUUAUGUUGUCAUUUUGUGUAUUGGCAACCAGUUGUGUGAUUGCAGUACCAGUUUUAGCCACAAGUUUUGUGAUUGCAGUACCAGUUUUGGCCACAAUCCUACAUACUGUUCCUUUAAAAAAAAUUAGUAAAUUGAAUGAAUCAUUUUUUUCAGUGCUGAUGAAAUGGCAGUUUUUGGGAUUCUCUCAGUGUAGACAAUAUAUUUACUUCAACGUCUAAAUACAUAUUUCUAAAACAUUUUUGUGGAUGAAACAAACAGCACAAUUAGAUCUAGACUUUGAUCAGAAUAGUUCAAUCCCUUACAGCCUAAUUUUGUUUAUUUUGGUUAAAAAGCCUAAUGUUUAGGUUAUUUAAAAUGAUAAAUAUACAGGAAUUACUAUAGUUCACAAAUAAAAUCAGAAGCCUUAUGGAAAUGUUUUAAGAUAUGUACGGACAACUUCACUGGUCAUUUAAAACGUGUUGUUAUGAAUUCAUAAAUAAUAUUUGAAUACAUACGAAUUUUGCCAUUUGCACAAGUAGAAUUAUUAAAGUAGAAGUAUAUGUUUAGAGUCUUAUCCUAUUCCCAGUUUGUAUUCUGAUAAGUUUAGACAUCAGUAUGAGUUGUCAACAGAUUUGAGUUGUGUUGACUGAUGUUAGAAACUAAAGCAUCGUUGUGUCUCAAAUGUAACAUUUAAAUGGAAUCACACUAGACCUCAUAUUGUUGAAAUAAUGCUUGAUUGCACAUUCAGUCCUAUUUGGAUAGAUUUAUGCACUUUUGAAGAGAGAGGACAAUGAAAGAGAUACAUUACAAGGAUAGUUGAUCAGUAGCCAUGCAUAGCUACACUAUAUCAAUGCAGUCUAUUGUAACGGUGAUGUUGGUAAGGCAGUAGAAGGCUCCACUCUAUGAUACAAUAGACUAGAAACCAUUAUGAAAGUGUCUAUGUGUCUGAAUUGUUCUUUACUUCAUAUGUAUAAUUGUUCUCUCUCUAUCUCUUUUCCUUUGUAGCUAUGUACAUUUAAGUACUCAGUGUGUUUGUGCACUGUGUGAAGAACUUUAUUCAGUAUAGUCAGGUUCAACACUGGUAGUCUUUUAUCCAGUGUGUGCUUUUUAGUUUUGACCUGACAGUGGUGAUUUAAUUCUAUCAAAUAUUCUUAAAAAGGCGACACUGAAUAAAUAGCGAAUUAUAACGUAAGUCAAACUGCAUUCUCAGGUUGAGAAACCGGCCCGAUGACUGUUUUCGUUCCUGUUUAAUGUUUUGCAAAUACAUUCAGAGUUACAAAUGAAACCAAGCUGGUCCCAGUUCCGUGAUUCAUGAGAAACAACUGGAUGACUAUUGCUCCCUCUACAGCCCAUCACUGUACAUGCACCUGAUAUAUAAAAAAGCAUGACAAGUUGUGAAUGUAGCUUGCUUUGAAGAUAUGUGUUGAUAUGAAAAAUGCAACAUUCUGUUGUAUGUACAAUGCUGGGCAUCAACGAUAUGGCUUUUUUAUGAUAUAUCCAAAGACAGUCAGGACUUUGCUGUAUGCAUAUGCCUCAAUGAUGUAUAGCCAGGAAUAGUUUCAGCAAUAGCACAAGGCCUCAUUAUGGGUUGGGAGACCAAACUUGACGUCUAGAGAUCAACCUAUACAGAACACAUGCAGUCACAGAUCUCACUGGUUUUUGUUUUGAAUAUUGUUGUAAAGGGAGAUCUUUUACCUCCUGUUAAACCUCAAUCGCUGGAGUGACACCUUAAAAAAUAGCACAUAACUGAUUUCUCGUUUUCUUAUAUAUUCAGUGUAAAUUACUAUAUUUGUGUGAUUCGUUGUAUCUGUGAUAUUUUUCUCACUCUUUGAAAAGCUCCUUUUCUACAAACUGACAAAGCAAUGAAGACAAAAGGCAACCUCAACUUUUCUAACUGUGGCGUGUUUGUGUGAACAGAGCAUCCAAGACUGCUCAGUGAAGUCAGUGAUCCUUUUUUUUUUUUUUUUUGGUGGUGCUUGCAAGUUUUUGUAGUUAGAGCCGUUUUAAUUUUUUUUUAAUGGAAAGGAAAAUCAGACUUGACUUUUGGCAAAUAUGUCCAGUUUGAUGACUUCUUGUAUAGUAAAAAUAUAUUGUAUCUGUAUAAUCUCUCAAAUAAAAUACUGCGUCAAUUUA